AUGUCUCUCAAGGGUCCCUCUCCUCAGCACUUCGAUGGCUCUGGUCUGCGCAUCGGCAUCGUCCACGCGCGCUGGAACUCGACUAUCAUUGAUCCUCUUGUGACUGGAGCCAAGAAUAAGCUCCUGGCAGCUGGCGUCAAGGAGUCUAACAUUGUCGUUCAAUCCUGCCCCGGCUCCUGGGAGCUCCCCAUUGCUGUCCAGCGCCUCUUCUCUGCUUCCCAGAUCCAGGGCACCUCAACUGGCGGACCCUCAGCCGGCGACCUUCUGGCUUCGUCUACUACUGAUCUCACUUCGCUCUCUACUUCCUCCGGCGCUUUCGAUGCCAUCAUUGCUGUUGGUGUUUUGAUUAAGGGCGAGACUAUGCACUUUGAAUACAUUGCCGAGUCAACCUGUCAAGGCCUGAUGCGCGUGCAGCUUGACAUCGGUGUGCCUGUUAUCCUUGGUGUCUUGACCGUACUGAAUGAUGACCAAGCAAAGGCUCGCGCCGGAAUUGAUGGCAAGGGUCACAACCACGGCGAGGACUGGGGUAUGGCAGCUGUUGAGAUGGGAGUCAAGAGAAAGGAGUGGUCCAACGGUACCAUUGAUGGUUAA